GGUUGGUAAGAACUUUUCAAUUGUCCGGAGGGUUAUUCGCAAAAAAGACGGCAAACAAUAUAAACGUGUUUUGGAGUAAAGAAACAGAAACCCCGAACGUUUUCGUGUUAAAAAAGAAAGUAACAAGAAAUAAAUGAUAAGAACAGCGCCAUCGUCGUGUUAAUAAUAAAAUUUUGUAACAAAAUAAUAUUACAAGUGCCAAAACUAAACAAAAAAAAAAAAAAAAAAAAAAUAAAAAAAUAAGUGGGGAAUAUUAAACCGAAAAUUAUUAUUAUAAAAUAGUUAUAAAAAAAAAUAAUUAUUAUUAAAUAAUAAAAUAAAUACUCAACGAAAAAUAAGUGCUAACUUGCCAAAAUAGUUAUGCCAACAUAAUUUUAAUAACACAAAUCCAAGUUGAAAUACACGUAGAAAAUAGAAAACCAUCACCAAUAAUGGCGGAUUUUAAAAGUGAUCAUGCUGAAUAUGUAUGGGUCAAAUCGCAACAGGUUGCAGAUAGUGAAUUUGCAAUCCCCUUUGGAGCACGUGUCGUUCGCACAGAUAAAAAUCGUACCCUAGUUACCGACGACUAUGGCAAACAGUAUUGGGUACAAAAUGCAGAUAUUGUCAAGGCAAUGCAUUUGACAUCACAAAAUGGUGUUGAGGACAUGAUAACGUUGGGCGAACUGCAAGAGUACACAAUACUGAGAAAUCUGGAAAUACGCUAUAAACAAAAGAAGAUUUACACCUACACCGGUUCCAUGUUGGUUGCCAUCAAUCCCUACCAGGUCCUGCCCAUAUAUACGAAUAAGGAAAUCAAUGAAUAUCGAGGCAAGAAAAUCAAUGAAUUGCCUCCGCACAUCUUUGCCAUCAGUGACAAUGCUUUCCAGGAAAUGCGACGAGAAAAAACCAAUCAGUGUAUUGUAAUCAGUGGCGAGUCGGGUGCUGGCAAAACGGAGAGUACAAAGCUAAUACUUCAAUAUUUGGCCGCCAUCAGCGGCAAACAUUCAUGGAUUGAACAACAAAUUAUUGAAGCCAAUCCCAUAAUGGAGGCAUUCGGCAAUGCCAAGACAGUACGCAAUGAUAAUUCCUCCCGGUUUGGCAAAUACAUAGAAGUUCGUUUCACGGAAGCGGGUGUUAUACAGGGAGCAAAAAUCGAACAGUACCUACUGGAGAAGUCGCGUAUUGUCUCACAGAAUCAUGACGAACGAAAUUAUCACAUUUUCUAUUCAAUGUUGGCCGGUCUCAAUCCUGAGGAACGUAAACGUUUACAUCUGCAGGAGCAGUCACCGGCUAAAUAUCAUUAUUUAUCGCAGGGUGGUUGUUACAAACUGCCCGGCAAGAAUGAUGCCAAAGAUUUUUCUGAUAUCCGUUCGGCAAUGAAUGUUUUGUCAUUCAGUGCCGAAGAGCAAUGGCAAAUUUUUAAUUUGCUAGCAGCUGUUUUGCACUUGGGCAAUUUGGGUUUCAGGGCCACCGAGAUACGUAACAUGGAGGCGGCUGAAGUCAAUGAUCCAGACAAUGCUGCACGCGUUUCAUCGCUGCUGGGUGUGUCCACAGAAAUUUUAUGUGAAACACUCACACAAAAGACAAUGAUAAUUCAUGGAGAACAUGUGGUCACUAGCCUUUCGAAGGAUUCAGCCCUAGAAGGACGUGAUGCUUUUGUCAAAGCCUUGUACGGUCAUAUAUUUGUGCAUAUCAUUAAACGCAUCAACGACACUAUCGACAAGAAUCCUGUGAAGAACAUUAAUACCAUUGGUGUACUGGAUAUAUUUGGUUUUGAAAAUUUCGAGGAUAACAGCUUUGAACAGCUGUGCAUUAACUAUGCCAAUGAGAAUUUACAACAAUUCUUUGUGAAACAUAUCUUUAAGAUGGAACAAUCGGAAUAUCAACAGGAAAACAUUAGUUGGCAGCACAUUGAAUUUCAAGAUAAUCAAGAUGUUUUGGAUUUAAUCGGCAUGAAAGCGAUCAACAUAAUGUCUCUAAUCGAUGAGGAAUCGAAAUUCCCCAAGGGCACUGAUUUCACGCUUGUCGAAAAACUGCAUGCUCAGCAUGGUAAUCGAUCGAUUUAUGUCAAAACCAAAUCCAGAUCAAAUACUCUGUUCGGCAUUAAGCAUUAUGCCGGUGUUGUGAUGUAUAAUACCCAAGGAUUUUUGGAAAAGAAUCGGGAUUCGUUUAGUAUGGAUCUGAAUACAAUGAUUGCCAAAUCGAAGAAUAAAUUUUUGAAACAAAUAUUCCCUGUGACGGUGCCGUUCGAUACGAUUAAGAAACAGGUGACGUUGUCGGUGAAAUUUCGUAACUCGUUGGAGUUGUUGAUGCGUACUCUGUCGGCUGCCCAUCCCUUCUUUAUACGUUGCAUCAAACCCAAUGAGAACAAGCAACCGAAUCAAUUUGAUCGGGAGCUAUGUGUCCGCCAGCUGCGCUAUUCCGGCAUGAUGGAAACGGCCCGCAUCAGACGUGCCGGCUAUCCCAUACGCCAUACGUACAAGGAAUUUGUGCUACGCUAUCGUGUUCUAAUGCGUGGCCUUGGCCCCCUGGACAAGGUGAACUAUCGCCAAGUGACCGAGGAUAUUUGCCAUAAUGAAUUAUCACUGAAAUCUGAUCAUCAAUUCGGUUUGACCAAAGUCUUUCUCAAAGAUUGCGAUGAUGUCAUAUUGGAGGAGGAAAGAUCACGGGCCAUACUCAAAGCCAUCGUUACCAUUCAGAGGGCGGUACGUCGCCUCAUCUUCAAGCGUUAUUUGGAGAAAUAUCGCAAUGCUGCAAUUGUUAUCCAAAGAAAUUGGAGAGCCUGUAAACCGCGCCGAGACUUUUUACUCAUGCACAGAGGAUUCCAUCGUCUGGCGGCCAAAGUGCAAUCGCGUCAAUUAACCUACGAUUUUGCCCAGCUGCGAAGACGUGUGACUUUGCUGCAAGCCCGUUGUAGAGGUUAUCUGGCACGCAAAGAAUUCAAGGCCAAAUAUGCUCAGCGUUUGGUUAAACUGAAAGAAUUGCGAGCCCUACGGAAGCAGGAGGAGGAGCAAUAUCGCCGUGAAGGUGAACGUCGCUGGAAACAACAUGCCGAGGAUAAUUAUCAGAAACGAUUGAAGGGCAUUGAUCCACUUCAAAAGAGUCCUGAGCCCAGACCACGCAUCACAAAUGGCCACGCUCGACCACAGGAAGAUUUUAACAAUAACAAUUACAUUGAUGUCGAGUCAUCAAAGAAGAUUGUCGAUGAUGUCUUUGGCUUCCUCAACGAUGCCGAUACUUUGAAGAAAACCCUUGAAACAAAUUCAUCGACUGGAGGCACAAUCCGCUUGCCCAAAACCAAAGUUCCCGAUAUCGAUGCAUCGGAAUAUAGUUUUGCCAAAUUCGCUGCAACCUAUUUCAAUUCUGGUGUAACUGGUCAUUAUAGCAAGAAGCCGCUGAAAAAAUCAUUACUUGAUCAUGACUUGCCGUUGGACGAAAUUGCCUCGCAGUCCAUUUGGAUAAUGAUAUUACGUUUCAUGGGCGACAUGGCUGAGGCAAGAUAUAGCGAGGAUGGGGAUGAUGAUGCGCCCGCUGGCGGUACUGUGAAAGCAAAUGUCAUGCAACGGCUGACACAAACUCUCAGCCGUUCAACUGUGCAAAGUAAAGAAUUUCAAGAAGCUUUAGCCACAAUGGGAGAUCAGGAACAACAUCGUCGUUUAAUACGGAAAACCUUGAAAAGGAAAACCAAAUUACCCGAUAUUCUAAGGAAAGCCCUGGAUAAUACCAAUGAAAUUGAAUACUAUCAUCAGGUGUUGAAUACGAGAAUGAGUAAUUUGGAAAAAUUACAUUUUAUCAUUGGCCAUGGUAUCCUGAGACCGAAUUUGAGAGAUGAAAUUCUUGCCCAAAUCUGUAAACAAUUGACCAACAAUCCCUAUCGCACCUCCUUUGCCAAGGGAUGGAUUUUGCUGUCGUUGUGUAUUGGCUGUUUUCCGCCAAGUGCAAAAUUUGUUAACUUCUUGAAAUGUUUCCUGCAACAUGGUCCCGAACUUUACGGGCCGUAUUGUGAAAAUCGCCUAAAUAGAACCCUACAAAAUGGACCGCGAACCCAACCACCAUCAUGGUUGGAACUACAAUCGACUCGCAACAAAUCAACCAUCACAUUGGAUAUCUAUCUAAUGGACGGUUCCGCCAAGAAAUUACAAAUCGAUUCGGCUUCUACAGCCGCAGAGGCCAUACAACAACUAUCCGCCAAUAUGGGUCUCAUCGAUAAUUUUGGUUUCUCUUUAGUAAUUUCAAUUGCGGAUAAAAUAAUGUCAUUAGGAAAUGGUAGCGAACACAUUAUGGAUGCCAUUUCCAAUUGUGAGCAGUAUGCCAAGGAACAGGGUCAAAAUGAACGCAAGGCGUUGUGGAAAUUGUAUUUUCGCAAGGAAAUGUUUAGCUCUUGGUAUGAUCCAAGACAGGAUAAAUUGGCGGCAUAUUUGGUCUAUAAGCAGAUUUGCAGAGGCUUGAAUUUCGGGGAGUAUCGUUGUCGCUCGGAAAAAGAUAUAGCCAUGAUAUGUGCUUUGCAGUAUUAUGCGGAACAUGGUGAUGAAAUGAAGGAUGAGAUUCUGCGCGAAUUUAUUCCACAAAGUGUUCCCAAAGAACUCCUUAUAUCCGGUGAAGAGUCCACUCAAAAGUGGACGCAGUUAAUACGUGAAACCUAUCGGAAGCAUGAAUAUGUGAAACUGAAAACACCCAAACAAACUGCUAUUGAAGAUAUCUGUCUAUAUGCCCAUUUGACAUGGCCCAUGUUAUUCUCUAGAUUCUAUGAAGCUGUUCGGGUGGAUGGACCACAACUUCAAACAGAUCAGAUAGUGAUAGCUGUAAAUUCCAAUGCUGUUUAUUUUGUCGAUGAAAUGGAACAAAUAUUGGCCGAACUUUCAUAUGCAGAAAUUACAAAAGUCGCCAGUAAAUCGGAUGAGAGUAACCCGGUGGACACUUUCCUCUUGGAAACGGUACAAAAUGAAAAUUUCACCUUCAAAUGUUAUGAGGCCAAGGAUGUGGAGCGACUUAUUUCCUAUAUGAUUGAUAAUUUGAAAAAGAGAUCUCGUUAUUGUAUAGCCGUGGAUAAGGUAAACCCGGCUGAUGAAUUGCCAAAUAGUGAAAAGGGGCUGGCACUGAAAAAAGGAGAUCUUGUUGAGUUGACAAAUGGUGUGACCGGAGGACAGAUUAUGGAAAAUGAAAAUGCCAUAUUCACAGGUGUAUGUAACCACAUAGAAGGAGAAUUUUCGCCGAAAGCCAUUGUCAUAUUGGCGUGCCUAACAAAGCCAACGGAAAGAAUUUUGAAAAUUUAUCGCGAGAUGUUUGAAAGUGUUCCAAACAAGCCAAUUCGCUCGAAAUACAACACCAUACAGCGACAGAAAAUGCAUAACUUGAGUAAAUUUGCUGCAGAACAUUUUCGUAGUAAUAAUUUGAGUGGACGCAGAGGUUCUACUUCUUCGAGCUUGCAUGCAAUUCGUUCCGACAGCGAUGAUCUGUGGCGUCAUUCUCGAGCAUUACUCAAAGCACCGCUGUUGAAGCAGUUACAACAGGACUAUGAACUUUUUGAUAUGGCAGUUACAAUGUUUCAAAAUAUUUUGAAGUAUAUGGGUGAUGUUCCGAGUGGAAAACAACAAAUCAACACCGACUUGAUUUUUCAACCCGCAGUACAACAUGCCCCGUUGCGCGAUGAGCUGUAUUGUCAAAUUAUGAAACAGUUGACCGACAAUCCCGGUAACUACAGCGAGGAACGUGGUUGGGAUUUAAUGUAUUUGGCCACCGGCGUCACUUAUCCCUCGGCCAUGGUUAUGAAGGAAUUGGCGGAGUUCUUGAAAACUCGAACACACGUCCUGGCAACGGAAUCUUUUAAGCGUGUAAAGCGUACACUUAGUAACGGGUUGCGCAAACAUGCACCCUAUAUUAUUGAGGUGGAGGGUAUACAAAAUCGUUUUAUGCACAUAUAUCACAAGAUUUAUUUCCCCGACAACACAGUCGAGGCCUUUGAAAUUGAAUCUUUCACACGAGGCCGUGAUCUAAUCCAAGUCAUUGGUAAACGCUUGCAACUUAAAAAUCUGGAUGGUUUCAGUCUGUUUGUAAAAGUGGGUGAUCGGGUUUUCUCACUACCCGAAAAUGAAUUCAUUUUCGAUUUCGUCACCGAACUAAUGCAGUGGAUAGUCCAGAAUAUACCCUCGCGUUCAGUGGAUGUCCAAAAAUCCACACCUUAUUUGCUGUACUUUAUGAAGAAGCUUUGGCUUAGCACUGCAACGGGCAAGGAUGCCAAUGCUGAUGUUAUCUUCCAUUUCCCCCAAGAAGUGCCAAAAUAUUUGGCAGGCUAUUAUAAAAUCUCCAAGGAACAGGCAGUGACGCUGGCGUCAUUGAUAUACAUUGCUGAGCAUGGUGAAAAUCUUUUAGCCCUACAGCGACCAAAUGAAAUUUUACCAUUCCUAUUACCCGAAGAAUAUAUUAAACAAAGAAAAUCUCAAGAUUGGAAAACUCAAAUAGCAGCUGAAAUAAAAGAUUUCCUGCUGCAAGAUGGUGCGAAUGAAACUUCUGCAGCGCAAAAGUUUCUGGCUAUUUUAAGUGAACAACAAAUGUUUGGUUCUACGUUUUUUGUUGUCCAACAAUCCAACGAUGACAGUUUGCCUCCGACCAUAUUAUUGGCCAUCAAUCGUAAAGGAUUUCAUGUCAUUGAUCCUAUAACUAAGGACAUUUUGCUCUCUUAUGGUUAUGGCGACUUGAGUUUCUGGAGUUCCGGCAAUACUUACUUCCACAUACGAUUUGGCAAUAUGAUUGGUGCUUCCAAACUGCUAUGUUCAACUAAUUUAGGUUAUAAAAUUGAUGAUUUACUUUCCUCAUAUAUCAAAUAUUUUAAUGAGAGCCGAUAACGGUUCUGACAAAUAAAAACACUCGUAUUUUAUACACACAUACACAUUUACAAA